AUGCAUGACGUACUGGGCUUCGCACUAAUAUGUUUGAUCUUGGGGGUCCUGGGGCGCAUCUUUGUACGAGUGUUUGUCAAGUCACCGCUGGAUAAUGUUCCUGGCCCGCCUGCGCUCUCAUUUGCUAAAGGUAACAUUCCUCAGCUAUACAACCGCAAUGGCUGGGGUUUCAUCAAAGAUCUAUCUGAGAAAUAUGGCGGGGUCGUCAAGAUCCAUGGAACAUACGGUAGCAAACAACUGUUUGUGUUCGACCCAGUAGCUUUGUCUAGUGUUGUUAUCAAGGACCAAUACAUUUAUGAACGCAGUGAUGAAACCGUGAGCAGUACUCACCUCCUGUUGGGUGAUGGCCUCCUCACUUCACAAGGGGAGCGCCACCGCAAACAGCGCAAGCUCAUGAAUCCUGUCUUCUCCAUCAAUCACAUGCGGGAGAUGAUGCCAAUAUUCUACAGGAUUUCUCGUAACCUUCGAGACGCCAUCGCAUCCCGUGUAGACAAUGGAGCGCAAGACAUCGAUAUUCUGGACUGGAUGUCCCGUACCGCGCUCGAACUUGUUGGUCAAGCCGGCCUUGGAUACUCUUUCGAUCCACUCAUUCGAGACAAAGCCGAUUCGUACGCAGAGGCUCUUAAAGCACUGAUACCUACGGCGUUCACGUUGAGAACGUACCUACCCUUCCUGCCGUAUGUGAUGAAGAUAGGCACCCCAGCAAUGCGUCGCCGUAUCCUCGAACUGAUCCCGAGCACGCGUCUGCAACGCGUGAAGGAGAUUAGCGAUGCAGUGGACGCUCAUUCGAAGCGUAUCUUCAAGCAGAAGAAGCAGGCAAUGACUCAAGGUGACGAGGCUGUGCUCAAGCAAGUGGGCGAAGGCAGAGAUAUUCUCAGUAGAUUGAUGCAAGCGAACAUGACUGCGUCCGAAGAAGAUCGCCUCUCUGAAAAUGAGCUAUUGGGUCAAAUGUCGACUUUCAUCUUCGCUGCCAUGGAUACUACCUCCGGCGCUCUCGCUCAUACACUGCAGCUACUUGCAGAAUGUCCCGACGUGCAGAACAAGUUGCGAGCAGAGAUUCUGGAGGCUCAGGGCGGCGAGCAGGAGAUCCCAUAUGACACAUUGGUCGACCUGCCGUAUCUCGACGCUGUCUGCCGCGAGACACUUCGACUUCAUGCUCCUGUCACAAUUGUCAACAGAAAAACUCGGGAAGACGUUGUGAUGCCACUCUCCCAGCCUAUCCGCGGCACGGAUGGUACUUAUAUGAGCGAGAUUCCUGUGCCUAAAGGAACGGAAGUGGUUGUCGGCAUCCUUGCGUCUAACAGAAAUCCAGCGUUGUGGGGUCCUGAUGCAGGUGUGUGGAAGCCCGAGCGCUGGCUUGCCCCUCUGCCAGAGACCGUCAACGCAGCGCGUGUUCCAGGAGUGUAUUCGCACUUGAUGACAUUCCUGGGCGGUGGCCGUGCCUGCAUUGGAUUCAAGUUCUCUCAGACGGAGAUGAAGGUUGUCUUGGCUGUGCUGCUCUCGUCUUUCAAGUUCUCGCUAUCCAACAAGGAUGUCGUCUGGAACUCGGCCGAAGUCCAAUAUCCGACAGUAGGUACGAGUAACCAGCCCGCGAUGCCCAUGAAGAUCGAUCGAAUCAAGAGUAUAUAA